AUGUUUUCCCCUACGUCCUCGCCCAUUGACAUUCUCCCCGAUGACAUCUUACACAUCAUCAUGGAGAAGCUCCGCAAGGACCCCCACGCCAGAUUGGCUACCAAAGGCGCCCCCAAACAGAGUUGGAUGGUCGUGACUUACGUAUGUCGAAGAUGGCGUCGCCUCGCGCUCAACACUCCCACUUUAUGGAACCACCUCGAUUUCCGCGUCGUACCUCUGUCAAAGGUGGACUGGUUCCUACUUAGAUCGGGGGAAGCUCCGCUCUCGGUAUUCAUCCCACCGGGAAUAGCCAUAUCGGACGUCGCCUCCAUAGUCCUGGUCCCUAAUAGGCACCGCAUCGUCAAAGUGUUCGAUAUGUCUAAUUUCAGUCCCUUGAAUCCCAUCUCACCACCAUCCGGACUCUUCGAGCACGAAUUUCCUAUCCUAGAGCAACUCAACAUGACCUGGCACCACGAAGGAUCGCACGAGGAGCCGCCCACUUUAACUGCCACCAACAUUCCGCGUAUCCGAGACCUCAGGCUGUCAGGCGGGCCUGUCGAGUGUCAGGGGGGCAAGAUGCCGUACCUCACUAAUUUGAGCAUUACCCUCAAUGAAGAUACCAAAUCUCUGGAGGGGCUCAUGUGCGCGAUCGAAGGAUCGCCCAAUCUGCAUGCACUUUCCCUGACAGCCCCCGGGCGUGCAAGGGUCCAACCAACUCUUGUGCCGGUGCGGAAGAUCGGACUCCAUUCCCUGAUGGAGAUGUACCUCAACGGCUACGAUUGGCGUUUUGCGGUGCACAUGUUGGACCAUCUCAUCACACCCGCCGAUUGCGCGCUCUUCGUAUCAGCACAAACGAGCAAUCAUGAAAUUGCUAGGCAGCAAGCCCUACCAACGAUGCUCUCCCGAAACCGCCCAUGGUAUAGACCAAUUCAAGAUCCUAGGGGAACACUCAAGGUUCGAGUCGAGCGCGACGCUAUCUCCGUGAACCCAUGGGCUCGGAUUGGGCCCCGCAUGCCCCGAAGUUUCUUCAGCCUCGAAUUGACGAUCCCUCCUUGGGCUAGGGAUUUCGCUAUGGGUACGGAAGAGCACGUAGGAGCGAGCGCACUGGCAUCCAUUGCCAGAUUACUCUCCAACGCAGGCCCGGUGGAAAUGCUCGACGUCAAACUAUCCACGGGCAAAGCGGCAAAUUGGCGAACAUUCCUGGAGCACUUCCCGGACGUCGUGUGCUUGCGAUGCUCUCGAGCACGGACAGGCUACUUCGGCGGUUUGACUGAAACGGACCUUUUCGGUACUCGCGACGAUAUCUUCACCGCGAUGUGUGACGCCUUGAAGACAAGUCCCGAGAAUCCCGCCAGCCUGUGCCCCAACCUUCGACAUCUGACCGGCUUCGUGGACAAUAGCCACAUCAAAACCCUCAUCGAGUUAGUGAGGUCGAGGACAUCCCUAGGUUCGCCGCUGGAAGCAGCGACCGUCAUCGGGGGCAAAUCAUUCAACGCCGAGUCCGAAAUCAUGUGCGAGUUGAAGGGUAUAACCCGGACGGAGGUGGUGCGCGACAUUGGAGCUGAUUCGGGGCUGAAGAUGAUGGCCUUCUCGAAGGAAGUGCCCCUCGUGCCCGAGACUUCAGCGGACAAUCACGAGCGAUGCUCUAAUGUAUCCCUUUCGCCGGAUGAGGUGCGGGUGAUGUUGGACAAACACAUAUGGGGCUGA